CGUCGAUCUUCCUGCAACCUCUAACUAAAUCAACGCUUAUAAUCAGUCCACGUCAUCGAUCCUCGCCAAUCUCCUUCUCCAAUCAGAACAAAUCUCAAUUGCCUAUAAAUACCAAACCCACACCCAUUCUUUUCCAUCAAUUGAAAAAUUUCCCUUUCCAUCUUUCUCGAAUCUUCGCUUAAUUUCUACACUAGUUAUGGCUCCAAAGGCAGAAAAGAAGCCCGCCGAGAAGACUCCGGCAUCGGAAAAACCGUCCGAUGAAAAACCUCCGGCGGAGAAGAAGCCAAAAGCCGGAAAGAAGCUUCCGCCGAAGGAUGUCGGCCCCGGUAUCGGAGAAAAGAAAAAGAAGAAGGUGAAGAAGAGUUCCGAAACGUACAAGAUCUAUAUAUUCAAAGUGCUGAAACAAGUGCAUCCUGAUAUUGGUAUUUCAAGCAAAGCGAUGGGGAUAAUGAACAGUUUUAUUAAUGAUAUAUUUGAGAAAUUGGCGCAGGAAUCAUCUAAACUUGCGAGGUAUAAUAAGAAACCUACGAUUACAUCUAGGGAAAUUCAGACUGCUGUUAGAUUGGUCUUGCCUGGUGAAUUGGCUAAACAUGCUGUUUCUGAAGGGACUAAAGCUGUUACCAAGUUUACAAGCUCUUAAAUUUGUUUUGUUGGGUUAUUUUGAGAAUUGGUUAUUAGGGUUUGGUGGUGUUAGAGUUGAUAAUUUUUUUUUUUUUGAGUUUUUAUAUUGUGUUUUGAUGGGAUAAUGUAAAAUAGAAUGUUGUUCCUAGUCAAUGAAUCAACUUUUACCAUAUUGUAA